AAUGCAAUGGCUGGUUGUACGGACGGACGGUGUGUUGUCGUCGAAUGUCCCGUGUUUUACUCUGGUUAAUCCGACCACAUAAUUUCAUCGUCUAAUGUGGCACAAGGGCGACAGUGGAAUGAACGCGAUGAAGGCGAAAUCGCUCUGAAAGAGCCUUCCGGAAUGGACGAAUUUAACUUCGCGCUCGGAGACGUUGUGCUGGCUGAAUGGGAAGACAAACUCUUCUACGCGAAAAUUCAGAAAAUUGACCGGGUCACUGGGAAAUGUAUUUUAAUCUUUGACGACGACUCUGUUGAGGAAUGUCCAUUCUCAAAGAUUCACAGUGGUUUGUCCUUAAUUUUUGUGCUCUAAUUUUUCUAUUCCCUCACGAAAAAAUCGAAAAAUCGGCGAUCAGGCUUCUUCAUGUAUGACACACGGAUCGCAUUUUCACUCUCCUCUUGAUGUGGGAAGCAAUUAGCGCGUUUUUAUUUUGCCUCGGUAAAACUUCCUUUACGUAAUAUUGUAGGAGCAUUGUAAUUGGAUUUCUUUGUGUCGGUUAACGUUGCUUUCUGUUCCCUCGUAGUGACAGAAACGACAGCAGAAAUUGUGUGUAUUAUUUGCAAGGACGGCACUUCGCUGAAGCCAAACGAAAUCGUGCUAUGUGACAAGUGUGGAAUUGGUAAGUAAUUCUUCCGCGUCUGUUUUGUAGUUUCCACUUUCUGUUAGCGCAUCGCUGAGACGGAAGGAACUCGAAGCUUUCGUAACACUGUAAUCGCUUUCUUGCCUAUAUGUGUUUUAAUAUGUGAUGUAAAGAAAGGUCUUCCAUUAAAGAUCGCGGAGAAUCCACCUGCUCUUCAGUGGCGCUGUUGUUGUGAAAUUAGUAACAAGACGGGUUUGCUUGCAACGUGGAAUCAUUUAAACAAUAACUGCGUAAAACUGAACAUCUAAACUUUUAGUUUUUCUUUGCUUAAAACGAUUUCAGCUAAACAGAUUCAACUGAAGGAGUAAAUUAUUCAGCCUAAACAGUUUGUAAACGAUUUUUAUUUCGCGGUAAUGACUUCACAUUUCAUGUUUUCGAGGAAGUCUUCUGUUGUCUGGUGAGAUAUUACCAAAAAAAAACUUGCUUGUCAUGUGCUAGUCAGACUAAAAUUCCAGUAAACUGGUGAACCGAUGUUAUGAUAAAAUUAAAAUAGCAGAUAUGAGAUAAAACUGAUACAGGUCCUCUUUUAUUUAUGUGAUUGUAUUGAUUCCAAAAAAAAUAAGAAUAUUGACGUAGAUUUUCAAUUUGCUCGAGUCAGACUUGUUCAAAAGAGCGCGAUGAGAUGACAAUGGUAUCCAAGGCAAGUGUCCGUGAUCAGUGCAGAAUUCAGCUCAGCCUCGGAAAUGGUUGCCUCGAGACAAACCAAUUUAAAGACGCGCAAAGUUUAAGCUCAUUCAUUUUGUAUUAUCGUGGCUACUAUAGUGUUUCAUAAGUUGGUUGUGCGUUUCAUCAGUGGCUGCUGCAGUACUGAACUUUAAUGUAACCGUGGAAUUCAUUAUUGUUUCCAGAAGAGGCUUAUCGCUUACACGUUACGGAAAUCGUUUUCAGGUGUACAGUGUUAACAAUGUCUGAAAUACUUUGCAGUUGCAAGGCAUUUUUACGUUUUCGUUAAUUAUUCUUUUUCUGUCAAUGUCAGGUGACAGCCCUCGCGCGCAAGAUGAUAUAAACUUGAACAAUGUUCAUUUUGUCUCCUUGAUCGAACGUUCGAUCCAUUAUCAGAAUUCAACUUCUUCUCGCUUUGACGCAAGCAUAAUUGGAGCUCACGUACAUUUUUACGCUUUAUCUAUUUUUUUUUUGGUAAACUCUUAUUUUUUGAUAUGGCACCCUUCACAGCAUUUUAUGAUUUCGUGUUAGUCGCAUCAGGUCUAUUUUUAACAAUUGUAUUCCAAAGUCCUAGUGAUAAGUUGAUUAGUUUCUCAAUUGAACAUAAAAAACAGUAGGGAAAGCUUGGUAUUUCUGAAUGCCGACUGCGUUGAGUUAUUACCUUGUGUUUCAAACGUCUUAGUUAUUUAAUUUGUAGUCAUAGUGAUUUUUGAACAGAGAAAUUAGUUUUCUCCAAGAGAUUUUAGUGCUUCUUCUCAUAGACAGUAGCAUUUUAACCAUUUCACAUUUAUUAUGUUUCACCCACCCAGUUUUAGAGUUAAUAUGAUAUGACUGGCCCGAUCAAAGUCUUUACUAACACCUGCUGUGUCUGUAAGCAUUUAUUAUGGUUAACUGGAGACUAGCUACUGUGCCAUGAUAACUGUACAAACUGUAGUAGAGGUUUGUCUAACAAACAGGCCAAAAUAAAAGCAGCUAUUUUUUAAAUUAAGUUUGGUGCUUUUGAAUAACCUUUUUUAAAGUCAACUCAUUCUAAUAAUACACAACUCACGUUUUGGUUGUGAUAGUGAUUGUGCUUUUAAUGAUCUUUAAUGUUUUGAUGUUCACUUACCUUGGUUAUAAAGCAUCAUUAUCUGUACUAAAUUGUAUUCAAAGUCAUUUAAAAUACGUAAGAGUUCAUUCAAGUAAUAUUGAAUAUAUUAUUUAAGAUGUGCCAACUGAGUAAGGAAGCUGAUAAAAUUGAGUUUGAUGUGUUAAAGAUACUGGAAAAAUUGAAUUAUAGACUUUGUGCAGUAAAGUAAGCACUUAUAUGUGCUAGCCAGAGAAAUUUUAAUAAAACCAUAUGACUGGAGGUAACUAAGGUUGGGUUGGUUGGGGGAAUGAAUUUUGUACUUCAUUCUUAUAGAAAUUCCAGCCCAGAAUUACUCAAGGGAUAUAAUAAUUUUAAGAAUAAUAGCUACAAUAAUAAUAAUGAUAAGAAUAAGAAUAACAAUUUGAAAUAAGAGAGUUGCUGCAGACCUUAGAAAACUGAUUGUUAGCUGAUCAACAUCCCAUCAAGAAAACCUGGGUGAAGAUCAGUAAUACUGGUGUGUUAGUGAUAAUAAAUAAUAUAUUUAAACAUUCUUUAGUUCCCUAUCCAAAAGCUAUCAGGUGCUUCACAUUAUAAAUUUAUAAAGUGAAAAUUAAAUUGAAUUAGAAAGGAACUAAAUUGCUGCCUUAUUCAAGACAGGAAAAUAAUGAAACAACGGCGAUGAAUAAAAAUAGUAAUUUUAAGCUGAAUGAAGUUGUAAGAAUUUUUCUCUUGGUAAUAAUAUUACAUGUAGGUUGACCUAGAAAUUUUGAAUCCGUAUGAUUUUUGAUCAUCAUUUCAGGUACAAAAACUUAGAUCUCAGCAACUGGCCCAGCCAGCCUUAAUAUAUAAAUACAUCAACAUUUUUAUUAUGGGAAAUAGGAAUGAGGCUUGCCUAUUUAUUCUGGCUUACUUGUGAGCAAUGCUGUUGUAAAGUGCUUCAUUAAAAUGAGUGAUACCAAAAGAUGGAAAAAAGAGACUACAAAAUCCUUCAAAGGCUUGAACUACUCACUUGUCUUGGAGCAAUGAGCAUAUGGAGUUUUAAGUGUUUCUAAUUUUCUUUGCAUUGUUAUUAUGUCUGCUAGACACUUUGUCUCUCUUACUAACAAGGUGAACUCAGGUCUGUAUAGUGUAUCACCAAAAGCUUGCCUUUACUCUGUAACCUGUUCUUCUUAUCAUUUUUGUCCUUUUUCUUUUUUCCGUUCCCCCCUCUUAAUAGGCUGUUUCUAGGCUCUUAUUCUUAUGAUAAAAGUUUCUAUUAAGAUGCUUAGGAUCUCUAAAUUUUUUCAGGGGACGCACUAGUAUAGGACACAAUCUUCACUCUAAUUUUUUAUUGUCAAAUUUAUGCUUACGCUUGUAAUAAUAAUUAUUUAUUGUCAGGUAACCUUUUUUUCGAGAAUUCAGGGGUGGGUGGGGGGGAGGUGGUGGGGGAGGAGGUUGCAGAUUUCAUAUUAAUUCUCAGUGUAAAAAGUUACUUACAUUUUUUGUACAUUUCCUGAUAAAACACCAUUAGACUUGCUGGACCACCCCCCCCCCCCCAGUAAAAACAAUGUGUUUUUUAACCUUUCUCAUUGCUAAAUAAAAGUUAUCAGUUUUAUUUUUCCUUUCCUCUUAAAAUCUGACCAAAUAAUAAUUGUUGAUUACUAACAUUGGAAGACACCACGUUAACCUCCAAUCACAUACACAACUAUCUCUUAAUAGGCUGUUUCUAGGCUCUUAUUCUUAUGAUAAAAGUUUCUAUUAAGAUGCUUAGGAUCUCUAAAUUUUUUCAGGGGACGCACUAGUAUAGGACACGAUCUUCACUCUAAUUUUUUAUUGUCAAAUUUAUGCUUACGCUUGUAAUAAUAAUUAUUUAUUGUCAGGUAACCUUUUUUUCGAGAAUUCAGGGGCGGGUGGGCGGGUGGUGGUGGGGGAGGAGGUUGCAGAUUUCAUAUUAAUUCUCAGUGUAAAAAGUUACUUACAUUUUUUGUACAUUUCCUGAUAGAACACCAUUAGACUUGCUGGACCACCUCCCCCCCCCAGUAAAAACACUGUGUAUUUUAACCUUUCUCAUUGCUAAAUAAUAGUUAUCAGUUUAAUUUUAGCAUUGCCAUUAAAAUCUGACCAAAUAAUAAUUACUGAGUACUAUUAUGUUUGUGGCUGACCUUAUUGUUAAUAAGAUUUUAUGUAUUUGAUGGGUAGUUUCUGCAAUCCUUAAAAGCUCAGCCAUUUCAAAUAUUUAAUAAAACUCAACUGAGAGUUAGUAUUGAUUAUAUUGAUUUAAAAACAGAGGAUUUCUUGUAACGCCAUAUAUAUAAACACUAAUAUUGUCCAGAUCGUAAUAAUUACCUAAUAUAUUGCAAAUGUCUUUAGUGGCCAUUGGUUAUCAAAAAGGUGUACAUUUUUCUUUGUUAUGAGAAAUGACUUGCAGUUUUCAUCUACAAUAUACGGAUAUUACUGUAGAACAGGAGUACACCCAUUUGUGCAUUAUUUUUCAGAGGAAAGUGUUAUUUGGAUAAUUCAUUUGGGUAAACUUUAAGUCAGAAAUUCUGUGUAAAAAGGCAAUUUUGAAUUGGAGUUAAUUUAACUGCCUGAGAUCAUGAACAUUUCAUUAUCAGCAUCUAAAUUCUCCACAGUACACAAUAUCGCCUCUUUAACUUUGUUUUACAUACUGCCAUUUGUCUGUAUUGUGCUGACCAUAUCUAAAGUGGUAUUAAAAAUAUGGAUGGUAAUUUCAUGUUAUUGUACUAGGAAUAUGUGAACCUUAAAAAAGCUUAUGGACGGGCAAGGCUGAAACUGUCUUUUCUUACAUAGAGCCAUGUAAGCCAUGCAUAUGUUCAUAUACGUUAGUCCCACCCCCAUUCCUGUGUUCACCUAUAAUGUAUCAGGUACUGAUGCAAAAGAAUAUAGGGAUGGGUGUCUUCACAUAGGUGUCUUCAUACUGCACUGACUGUCCUUUGCUCAUUGAACGACUCCAACUGGAGCAUUGGUGUCCUGGGAUAGGAUGAUAAUGCAUUGUUUCAACCCACUGGUAGAUCUAUGGGAGAGGUACGGGCACCCUAACUUUGUGACCAAUAAAAACCAAGGCUUACAAGGCAUAGGUGCCGAGAUAUGUUGUUUCAGUUAGAGAGAAAGGCCCCUCUUUAUAAUUAUCUUAAGAUCCUGACCUUCUGCUGCAUUUAGUAGAUCACCAUUCUCCUGUGUUGUUUCUCAUGAUGUAGAUUAUAACUUUAGAAAAUUGCCACCCCAUGCAUUGCUUUUCUGUCCUUAUGUCUGAGGUAGAAAUGUUUGAUAACAUCACAUAAUGGACUCUACAAUCUUUCAGUCUACUAUGAGUAUCUAUAUGUAUGCAUUCAUGACUUCUAACCUAGCUGGAUAAUUGAUAGCUUUUAAAGGCCUUUGAUUGUAACUACAUCUUCCACUUUAUAUUUGGCCAGGCAGCCAUGUACCGUGUUUAAUUUAAAAUCAGUAUUGAAGCUAUCAGCUUCAAAAUGGUUCGAUACCAGCUCUGUUAAAUUCAGAUGCAAUUAUCAUUGAAAUGACUUGGACCAGUAAAACCCUUCUGCAAGACUGUAAGUAGCGAUGAUGAUGAUGAUGAAACUGAAUUCUAAUUUCACUUUCUUCGUUUAUUUUGUUUUAUUCGAUGUUCUGUCAUAAAGAGCAUUAAGAAAAUCAAGCAACCUAUUGCUAACUGUUUUUCUGACAUAAUCACGCUCGUGAGUCGUCGCAUUGGAUUUGAGUUCAAGGUUAAUACACAGCAUCCAUUUGGUGUCACCGGCCGAGAUAGGUGCGGCAGUCAGACUAACAUUAAAUUUUGAAAGCGUCACCCUUUACUCAAAACAUCAACCAAAGCGUUCGCGCUUUGUAGAAUUGAGUAGUGCCGGCCUUUUUUUUAAAGAAGCGGGGGCAGGAUAAAAGUCAACUGCUGUAUGGGUUUGUCAAAUUCGUAAAUUAGCUAGAACAUGGGUUUUUCAGUAGUUCAGGGCUAUUUAUGUGUACAGCUGCCCUUUCUACUGUGAGUGUUUACCAACUGUGCAAACCUUGUUCUGGUAAAUAUUCCCUUUUUUUGCGUAGCAUUCGUAAUGAACAUUUCUACGUCUAAGCGGCAACCUUUGUAGGCCACAAAUCUGAGGAUAACAAAGUGUUCCAAGAGGAAUAGUAAAGCGUUUGAUGUAAACACCUAACUUCCUUCUUGGGAAGAAAUCGCGCCCUGCCACGCAAACGAGACACGCUCGUUUCAGUAGUAUUAGAAAGUGCCAGUCUUUGAACACAUAAAUUCUCCUUCCUGACGCCUACUUACAGCAACAAAGCUUUCUUCGCUGGCUACUUAGCGUUUUUAGCUGGUUGUGUAUUUUUCAGAUACUUGUAAAUUUUUUCCGCGCUAUUUAAACUCGCCGUUUGCUGUUUCAUGGUAGUGAUGCGCGCGCGUGUCGUAUGCUCAAGAGGAGCCGUACACUAUACAGCCUGCGUAGUUGGCGGUUUUUAUUGUAUGUGGUUUUUGUUUUGUGUUUCGUACGGUAAGCGAUACGGCCGCGCUAAACAAAGCCCAUCGUUUUCUCCUUUGACCUUGCGAACGUCCUUAUAAAUUCUAACCAAAAACGAAAAUCACACCGAAAAAACCGCCGGCUACACACUUUAUAUUCUCCGGGAUUCGGGCAGGCUGGUGUAGUUAGUCUAAUAGCAGAGGGAUUAAAACCCACGUGAUAUAGUCACAACUGAACAUCGUAACUAAGUUUAGGCAGAUGCCAAGUUGAAUUGUUACUCAAUUUAUUUUUAGAAGGUCAGUCAUUGAUCGCAUGCUCACCUCUCGGUCCGUGGAAACGGUCUAACAGACUAUUAAAACUGUUUAAAUGUGUUCAAAAAGACAAUUUUUAUUGUUUAUAUUCUUCAUAAAAAAUGACGUCAAAAUGUUCAAAACUUAGCAGAGAAACCACUCGCUUUGUCUCGAGGUUUCCCCGAAAAAAUUUUAAACAUUCUUUUGUCAUUUCUAUAUGUUCUAUAAGAGAUUAAAAGACGAAAGAAAAUUGUUGUCUAUUUAAUUUUACAACAAUAUUGGAAAUUUAAAAGUCCAUUUCCUGCGACUGAUAGAUGUGCCGGAGGAAAAUACUGUAAUGAAUUAAGGAAGGUAUUAAAGCAAAAGAGAUACCGACUGGAGGUUUGCCAAUGAGUAUAAUAACCCUCAGGCAUGUUACUGUUGUGUAAUAUGGACUACUGAGUAUGGCAGAUAUUAACAGCCGAUCAUUGUCUUGGGCCAGUAUUCAUUUUUCAGAGAUAAAUAGCCUAGAACGUUUAAACCACCGUUAAAGCAAGUGAGAAUGGGGACGUGCUUUUGAUAAUCAGACGCUCAAUGAAGUGUCUUAAAAAAUGAGUGAAGCUUUUAAGAUGUUUAACAUAGGUGUACAGCAAGCUGAACACGGAACUCGGGGAACAAAAUUUUAGCGGGAUCUCAACACAACAGUUGGCUAUUUACAUGCGAAUUUUUCACUCUUUAUUUUCAAGAUUUUGGGGGCCAUCAUCUUCCCUACUAAGGCUUAAGGUUAUAAAUACAAUGAUUGCUUGGGUUUAACUAUUUUCCUUUGCUUUCCCACGCUCCCGUAACGAUUUUUGCGCACAAACCGGUUUUUGAUCUCUGACUGUUAUUCUACGACUCAUUUUCGGGUGAAUUAUUGUACUUCGAAUAACAAGCGAACUUGUUUUCCAUUCAAAACCGCCCUGUGUACCUGCACAAAAGACCACCCUGACAAAGCAUUGAUACAAUUCGUCUUCUUGUUAUGUGAUCACUGUCGCUUGAAACAAAAGCCCUUUUUUACCAAAUAACGGCAGCAGUAUGCGUGCACACAUAUUGAGGAAAAUUAAAGUUCUUUCGAAGCGGUCUGGUUGGCAUGGAAAUCCGUCCCGUGUUAUAAUUAUACAUUAGUUCUCACACACAAGCACACUGUUGUGGCUGCUUUCGAUCAUUGUUUUAAGUUGCUGAGAUAUCGCGGGGCUUAGCUGAUUUAAAAAGCGCCCAGAGAGCACGGUGGAUGCCUCAAAGGUAGGCUGGUUUUUAGGCCUUUAUUAGAUUGGCUGAUUUAGACCAUUAUUUUGUAGCCUUUACGCCUUUCUUGAAAAUUAUUCAAGUCGUCAUUAUGCUCUUUUAGUGUUGUGCGUGUAUUUGCGUGAAUAUUUACAGUUUGUGUAGUUCAGAAGAGUUAGUAGGUCAAUAGUAAGUCGUAAGAUGGGAGAAAACUCCAUCCCUGCAGCUGCCGAUGAAAUCCGUGCUGAGUCUACUCUACGUAAGGCAAUUAUCUCCCGCAACCCUUGCCAGCCAUGAGCUUAAGCAUUCAGCUCUAGAAACAAUAUGACAGCUGACCCGGUGCUAUUUGUACAAAAUCUCCGACAUUAUGUGGCGUACGAAAACUGGUAGAUAUCAUUAUAACUUGUCUUAUCACGUUGUAUACCCACUGUGUCGCGGCCAUACGUGCAAGCGAACUGAAUGUUACCCGCUCAUGAAAUACGAGGCCAAUUGAAAAGUUGUUGCUUUUUGGAUAUGUAGGUAUAUCUUAGCUUUAUCUUAAUGUCUUAAGUCUGAUAUUGCUGAAUAAUUGUCGACGUUUACAGUAAAUGCUUAUCUUGAGAAUAUUGAUAAUCAAUAAUAAAUACUUUCCUCAAACUGUAAAAAAAACAUAGAUCAGGUAAAUUUAAAAAUAAUCAGCACCUGCUAUAAAUCUAAGUGAAGUAAUUAAAAUCUAUCAAAGUUACAAAUGUACGAAGAUAACGAAUAGGAGAAGAGUAUGCACAACUAUAAACUAUGCAAGCCGUGCAACAUCGCACGCAAUGAUGGUUUUGACUUGAAGUUCUUAAAUUUACAUGAAAUUCCCGUGCCGGUAGUUCUUUAGGUAAGUUGUGUCUCUAUUCAUGCUGUGAAUAUGAAUGAAGACUGGCCUAUAGCAGAUUUUACUCAAGGGAAAUGAAUUUCUCGCGUGCAUCUCUUAGAUUGCUAACACUCUAACUCUAAACAUUUGCGUUGUACAGCGCUAGUUGUUAAUGAUUCUAAACACCAGCUGUAGGCAAAUAUAUCUUGGCCUACUGGGUAACGUUAUAAGUUCUAGUUUGUCUCCAAUCGUUUGUGUGCAGGCCAAAAAGGUUUGCCCUUCUCAUAGCUUUAUUUUGUAACCUUUCUAUAAAAAUCUGAGUUUUUCUUAGUGCCAGAUGCCCAUAUUUUGCAACUAUAAUCUAAAAUAUAAGGUAAAAUGUAACUUUAUAAAUCUUUAGUAGUAUCUGAGUGGGACCUAGAAAAGACGAAAUUCUAUUUAACAGUUAAAAUUGAUGUAAAACUGUCGAAGGCAAACUGCAUUCCAUGUGACCCUGUUUCGUUACCAAGCAACGUUGCUAAGAACAGAGACUUUCAUUUAUCACCAGGAGACAUUAACCCCUUUGUGUGCUCAGAGGUGAAGUGUAUUUUUUGUUUCAAAUUAAAUGGAGAAUUUUUAAGCCGUCACGAACUAAGGUCAGUCUUCAGACACCUUAGUAGCAUUCUAUUCUUUUUUUAUUCUCAACCUCAACCAACCACUUACAAAUUUUAACAAUUACCAAUCAAUUGCCACGAAUUGAUUUGUAUGAUUUGUAGAGUAGUGUAUAGGAUAUGUACCAAGAGGAAUUAAGGUAAACAGCAUUAAUUUGUUAGGUCUGUGAGGUAGAAUGUUUUGGUUGUAUACUUUUUAACUGCCCAUGCUUUCGAAGGAAUUCUGCCUGGUAGAGUUUGUUUCGUGGAAACUGUCGUUAGUGGGUGAGGUAGUGUGGCGGCGCACUGCUAGUGAAGGUUUAAACACAUGUCAGUAUUUGUAAGGAGGACUGGAUGGUGUACUAUGUUACAAAAUUUACAAGAAACUGUGCAACGCAAAUAAUCGUGUGAAAAUCAAAGUUUUGUCGAAAUACGCGUUGAAAAGCCUUGGAGGAAAAGCUCUGGCGGAUGUAGCGUGGCGGAGCGGUUAGGGCUUUGGACUUGCAAACUGCACGCAAUGUAGAGGCCCCCUAGUCCAAUUGGUCUGCCUCCGGCUAAUUGUUUUCACUCAUUUUCCCCUGCCCCUCUAGCCUUUGUGCACACAAAUACUACCAAGGGUAAAAGGGGAAUUAUUAUUAUUAUUAUAAUAAUAAUUAUGAUUGGUAUUUUUAUUUGGCAUCGACAAAAAGCAGCAACAUUAUAUAAUCAAAAAUAUGAUAAAUGUAGCUAUUAGAGCAACAUAUUACAUCUUUUAUUGUAGACGUAGGAAUCGGGAUAGCCCAAACUUAAUGCAAUUUUGAUUUUUUUUUGUCGAAUAAUUCAAUCUCAAGCAGCCGAUUGUAAAUUACCUAUACGUAGCGAGAUUAACAAUUGUACAUUCAAAAACACAAACAAAGUUUCCAUUAUUAUUACUAUGGCAGUACUUUUUAAGAACUUUGCCUGACAUUCUAUUAGAGCCAUUAGAGAAUGCAAUAUCUCAUAUGCUCAUUCCUGCGAUUACUGAGCGCAAGUGUAGUCAGCUGGAUAGGAAUAUUCUAGCUCUGCCAGUUCGGUUGGGUGGCCUGGGCCUGGGAAACCCGUCCCUUAAAAUACGCUUCGUCAGUCAAAGUAACAGAGCCCCUUGUUGAACAAAUCGAAUCUCAGUCACAUCAGUUACCAGAAGAUUCCCUCACAAAAUCAGCAUAACAGGAAGUAAGAAGUGAAAGAUUAACUUAUAACUUUAUGUGAUUUCUUGGAAUUUUGAAUUGUGAAGUGGUUUUGCCGCAAAUUUGUAUUGAUAUGGACUGAAUAUUUUACUGAAGUUUUGUGUGUAGUUUUUAUAAGAUUUUAAUAAAUUUUUUUCACCUUAAUUUUUUAUUACUAUGGCAGUAAACACUUCUGAAUGCCCUAAAGUGAAAAAAUAGCCACACCGGGUGCAUUGCAUAACCUGUGGGCUAUAUCUAAAAUCUGGAAAACUCUUAAAAUCUAGACAUUAUGUAUGACCCCUAACGUGUACGUUAAAACCUGCCUACAAUACAUUGAAAAUGUUAAGAAAAAAUUCAAUUUUUUUUUGCCAUUUGUUAAAAAAGUCCCUAAAAAUUGCUAAAAAAUAAGAUAAUUAUAAAUUUCAAGUCCCCUAAAAAAUGGUUUAAAGCUAUGUAAGGAUUUUAAACGAUCUUGCAAUGCUGAAAGAAUGUGAGAAAACACUUUUCUGCAUUUUCUUAGUGUCUUACUUCCUGGCCUUUCUCCCAUCAGUGCCUUUAUACUCUUAGCCUUGUUCAUAGAUGAACCUCCCAAUACAUAAACAAUGGUAUUAUACUGGGUCACUUCAUAGCUUGGAAACUGCCUCUUGAGUUCAAAACGAAGUGGCGCAUAUUUCAUGGUGUUCUCCGACACCUUUGCUUCUCUGUUUUCCAUCCAAAGGGUAGCUCAUUUGGAGUAGUUUGACUGCCUUUGACUUCAGUACUCUCGGUACAGUUUAACCCAGUAUUAAGCCAAAUUUUAAGCAAGGUUUUCUCGUCCAAGAACAUGAAACUUAAGCUUACAAAGCAUUGUUGAGCCUUUACUCUGAGAUACAGUAAUGAUAUCACAAAAUGUUACCGUAAGCAAUGUAUGGGAAGUUAAAUACAAAAAGUAGAACAAAAUUUUAAUCCUGGAUUAGCACCGCUAAUCGGCCUUUGAGAAUAUGUAGCAGAUACUCCCCUUAUUGUUGAAAGGCUAGUAAGAACAUCUGAGGAAACACCAGGCAAAUACAAUUUCUCGUGGAACUAAAGGGCGUGGCCAUACAAUUGGCGCGGUUUGCAUCAAGUUAAAAAAAGCCUUCGUCUGAAAAGCAACAAAACUGAACUAAGCUGAUAUUAUUGUAGAAUGAAAGUGUUUUAUACAGACACCGUUUCCUUUGCAAACAAAAGGCAUUGUCACAACGAUCAUAAUCAAGGAUCCUCUUGCGUGCUUGAAACGUUGUGAGCGACUGAAGAAAGGAACCUUAAAGGUACUCAGGUCUCUUUGCUGUUGUAGAUUAGGCAGGCUUUUCCAGGCAUUCAGAUAGUUUGGACGGCACCGCGAUCUGGUAAAGGUUAAGAUAAGGGGACACGUGACUCCAGGGAUGGUCCUACCUCAGAACUUUUUAUCUAGUCAUAAGUAAAGAUUGUUCUUUCGAUAGCAUUGUGAGAAUUUUCCUUUCUAGAGUCGGUUCUGUAUAUCACGUGUUUCCAGAUCUAUGACUCAUGUUUUGCUAUUCGCCAAAGUGUCGUCUUUCGCGACUUUUGACAGCCCAUCAGAGCGCGACCAAAACAUCGUCGGCUUUGUCCUCGCUAUACUUCUGUAACUGAUCCUACAAACUGUAAUAACAUUGUUUGACAAUUCGUAACGCUCUUACGUGGUUCCCACUUCAUUUCACGACUUGACAAGUGGUGAGUAUUGAACGUGACUGGUAUAACAAAAAGCUCAAACCCUCGUAAAAUGUUGGAGUCACGUUUUCGUCUUUUUCCAUUUGGUAAGCAGAGUUGGCGUAGUCGAAUCAGUGAUACUGAGUUAGGCCAUUGUACCACCCACCGCUUCUGACAUCGCUGUCAAUGUUUUGGGUUUGAUUCUCGGUCGCGAUGCCCAUAUGUUGGUUCUCGGCCCUGCUCUAAGGUUUUUCCUCUUUUUACUCCGGAUUCUAAGGUUUUCCUUCCUCAUAAAGAACGGAAUUUGCACGUAAAUUGUUUGUCAGAUCGCUAAGACUAAUGAUUCUAUUUAUAGUUAUUAUUAUUAAUAUUAAUGUUAAUAAUAAUUUAUUAUUAUUAUUAUUAGUAGUAGUAUUUUUGUUUUUAUUAAACACAAACUUAUUUCGUGAUUUUCUCGUUACUUUAGUUACUUUUUAUGUCGGUUGUAAACUUUCGAAAGCCCGGCAAACUGGAGUAAUUAAGCGGAAAGCACCAUGUCGAGUGAAAAUAUAGCACAUGAUAUUUCAGGUCUCCUCGCUAUAAGAGGAACGACUGAAUUUAGUCAGUUAUUGUGUCUUUUCAGGAACGGAGUGAGCCUCAAGCGAUUUGUUAAAAUGUUCCCAUGCAUGUUUUCAAUACUUUUAGAUCGCUGUUGAUUCAUGGUAUUUUAUUUUGGUCAAGGGCCGCGGCGCGUAAACCUUAACAAGAAAAGUAACGUAGAAAGAAAUGCUAGAUUUCGUAGUGGUGCGGAAUUUAUGCUUCUAACUAUAUUGUAACUGUACUCGUUUAAUCGCCUGCCUCUUGAUAUACUCUUAUACCAAGGUUCCUUCUUUCCAAUAUCUUUUUGCGGUGUUUAGAAAAACGGAUUACAGGUCUUCCGCUUUUCCGACUGCUUGUGACAAGUGAACAGGAAAAGAAGUUUUCUUUUACGGUUGUCGUCAUAUUGUGACUCUCGAAAUAUACUUUUCCCGUUUCUGGUUCAAUAUUUGCUGAUGACAUUUGAUCGGUCAUGAAUAUCAUCUAAUUUUUUCACGUUUUUAUUUCAUUCCAACUUAUUUUUCGCCCAGAUUCACCGUCCAUUAAGACCAUACUGUACAAUUUUUUUCAGAUAGGGCAAUUAAAUUUUUUAAAAGUUAAAAAUGUGCGUUAAAAGUGGAAGAGUCUUUGCUCGCUUGUCAUUCGGUGUAAAGUUGACUUAGUCGCCAGUGUAGGGAAAUAUUUAUUACCUUUGUCAAAACAGUUGACAGCGCGCUCUCUUAGUGGCGGAAAUAAAUGGCACUUGCAGAACAGGUGAAACGGUUGUAUGAACUUUAUGUGAACAGACCCUCUGGCUUCACUUUGUUUGUGCCUAAUCAAGGAAAAGAGUUUUUCAAUUUUGCUCGUUCUUUGUGGAAAACAAACAAAAGCGUAGAGGUUGCACAGAAGUGAAGGCAGAUGGUGCUGAAUCAAUGUUGAGCUGUGUCAUUGUGAAGUGUGUUCCUAUUGUCCCAGUUAUCGCUAGUCUUUCCUUGUCAAGAGACGCUCUGAUCUCCAUGAACAAAAGCCCAGUGGGAUUCCUUCCUGAAUCAGCUAGCAUUCUAUGAUGGAGUUUCUUGUUCCGUGAAUCCGUGCGAGAGUUACUUUCAAUAUGGCUCGAAAGUAGGUCCUCUUCCGGCUAUGAAUACGGAGCUCGCGCGCAACUACAGUUUUUAAAAUUAUUAGCGUUUGCAAACGUCGCUUGCAAUGACUUGAUUUUUUUGUCGGGCAAAUUGUAGGAUUUCUUGGCAACUAUUGUGUUAUUUAGUUUUCAACAUUUACAUUUUUUUUGGCUUUUGUUUAAGGGUUAUCCGUCAUCACAGUGAUAUCCGUACUUGAACGGAAGCUGUCUAAAAUGGCCGGUAGAGCAGAACGAUUUUUGUGGACGAAGAGUGACCUGAUGUACUAUUUUAAGUGGGAUAAAUCUUUCCCAAAUAAGUUUUCGUUAGACUUCGUUAAGUUUGUUUUGUUUGUCCGUUCGUGAUGGACAGUACAUUAGCUUUUGAAAGUUUCUCUACCAACUCGAGCCCUUGUUUGAUCGCUGAUCAACCCUUUUCAGUACAAAACGAACUCCUUCAAAUUACUCGCGCUGGAGAUCAACCGUAAGACCACUAAAGGUCGAAUUAAAUUUUGCACUUGUAUAGCGUCGACUGCCACACAACGGAAACGAGUUUCCCGACCAAUUUCCUGUAUUUCAGUUGUUCUGUGAGCUGUGAGUAUACACCUGACAGAGACAUACAAACACAGGUGAUGGUGAUUGGUUCAGUUGUGUGUGUUGACGUGUUUCCAGCUUAUUACCAAGAAUUCCUCGCUUCCUUGACAGCUCAUAAGCAGCCUGCUUUCUUUCCCCUUAUUUUAUCUGUUCCUCUAGUAAACACUUCACUUUUCGAAUAAUUGCCGCUGUUUACUUAGAUCGAACUCGGCCAUUGUUCUGCAAAUGGCCAUUAAUUGAACGAAAUUAUGUUCAAGCGAAAGUUGGUCUGCUGUUUCUUCAGCUGCUGUACUGUCCAGUGGUAGCUAGAGUUUUGUUCUCGUAGUCAAGACGCGCGCUUCGCCUUCUUUGCAAGUCUUCUACAAACAGCAAGUCAGUUUCUUUUCGCGUGCUGGGGAAAUGAAAGCAAGACAUUUUCACCCAUUUUAAAACUGUACAUCUCUUCGAAAAUCGAGUAAGUCAAGCUUCGUUGUUGACUGAUGUUCUGUAUUUUUAAUUAUUUCAAAAAGAGUUGUCGAUAACAUUUUCUCCAUUCGCAUUAAUUUGUCGCUCUUUAUCGUUUUUCUCGCCAUUUUUUACACUCUCCAAGCGAAACCGCGGUUCGAUACCCUAGAUCUUCAAAAACACCCGCUCAAAAAUGCUGCAGAGAAAAUGAUAUUUAACAAGCCCGCACUAAAUCCGCGAAUAUUAUAUUUUUUUCGCACACGUGGGUUAGGGCGUUUCGUUGUUUUUUUCUGUGGUUCGUAGAUAAAAUGUGAUAUAUAUAAGUGACUUCUUUCCCGUUUCUUGCUGACGGUAGGUAAACACCUCAUGGCGAGCGUAACUUAAGUAUAGCGUGAAUGCGCCUAUAUUUGAAAAUUUGCUCAGUCAAGAUGGCGGCAGUGAGGUGUUUACGAUGACUGUCUGUUAUGGGCAGGUGCUUGUGUGGGACAAAUGGCACCGACUAACAGCGACUAGUCACCACUAAUCUUGACGAUCGAAUUUGCAUCGCUAGCAGAGCACUGUUAACUUUUAGGAAGUGAGAAUAUACUUUCGACGUUCCCUACUUGUUGGGGAUUUUUCAUGUUACAUUCUUUUUAUCAUUUUUCGCUGUAAAGUGGCCCGCGAUUGUUUCUCCGUUGAUGUCAAGUGCAGUGGUACAGCGUUUUGAACGAUUUAGCCUCGUGGGUACUGCAUUUUCGUCCGACGCUUAUUUAACAAUUUUGAAGAUAUAUAUGAUUGAGUAUUAUCGACUGGAUGCGAAUUAAUUUUGUGGCCAUUUAAUUUUCUUAUUCAUCUUGAGCUUUUGGCGCCUGUACAGACUAAAAUUACUACUAACACCGGCAGAUUAGUGAAGUAGUUGGCGGUAAAUUACCCCUUAAAUAAUAGCGGCUCAAAUUCAAUUGCAGUAAAUUCUACUCUUUUAUUUUCAGGAUAUCAUCAACAUUGUCACGACCCAGCGAUCCCCGCGACCGCUCUUGAGUUUGAUGCGCCUUGGAUGUGUGUGUAUUGUUCAAUAGGAGCAUUUUGUCCUUAUUUGGAAAAUCCAUUUGAGAGUAAAUCCACGAGAAAAGGAGUUAGAAAGACAAGACUUCACACGGUAAAGCUUACUGGGUUAUAUUUGUUACUUAAUUUAUGCUAACUGUGGCUCGAAUGACUGAGGAAAUCCCAUCCCAAUAUAUUUGCAGAGGAGUGUAUAUAGGGAACUGGCGCGUGAGUCCGGAUAUUUAAUAUUCUCCCGAAGAAAAAACAAAUCCGAAACAGCUCUUUUUGCGACAAAAAUGAAAAGGAUCAUCUCGAGCAGCAUUGUUGACAAAUUUCAAAAAAUAAUUUCUUUCCGUUACAAUAUGGAGAUUAGACAUGAAAUUUGUUUUGUUGGUGUGAGAUUAACCACACAUCUGUGCAGUCUUCCUGUUCAGCUUGUUAAGGUGUAAAGCUUAAAAUAGCAAACCGCUGUUUAUAGACUACGUCCAGUUCAACAACAGUGAACCAACUGUUUAUUGAUACCUCUUGCUUUGCUUAUGUGCGUAAACAUCAGGUUUUAGGGGAAUGUGUUAGGUUCCGUUGGUAGGGUUGCGUUUUUUGUUUAGUGGUGAACAAAUGCCUCGCUACAAUCAACGACAAAAUCCUCACUACGGAAAAAUGUGCAAAAUUUGUAAUAUCCUGUAAUUUGGAGGAGACCUUCUUAAAGCAGAGCCACCUUUAUAAAUUCCACGCAGUUCCUCCUCCCCCACCCUAUACAAAGUAAACCUUGUUUGUGAGGGGGGAGGGGAUAGGCAUAUAUGAUUUAAAAAAACGCCAAAAUAUGUCCAUGAUUGUGUUUUUAUGCUAAUAUAACAAUUAAACCACCUAUCUACCGGUUAACUCCUGCUCAGAAUAACAAAGACAGAGAAAAAUGAUCAUAACGUAGUAGAUAGGAGAUCAUCUGCCGUGUAAUUUCAACAACAACACACUUUAUUUAGAAACAGAUAUUUACAAUUUGAAUAGUUGCUACCCACAAAUAGUUGAAACUAGUCGAGGCAGGUAUGAUUACGUUAGGCUUAUUACAACAUGGGGAGAUAUCUCCAACAACUACUUUCAGAGGAGAGUUCCAUAUUAAUUUUUGUAUGUAGGAAUCCUUGCGAACAGCCGACGUUGUAACUCUCACAAAAGUAUAAGUUUACUUUAAAUGAUUUUGAUGCCUUACUUUUUUGUUCUGAUAAUCGCUUAAUCGAAAAAGGUUGAAGUUGAACCUGCUGUGUAUUACCUCACGUCAGCAAAAGCUGUUAAAAAUUGUUAAAAAUAAUUGCAGCCCAAUGGCUUGCCUAUUCACAGUAAAUCCGGCACCGUAACAGACGUGUAGCUCCCGAGUGUCAGUUAAGUUUGCUUUUAUUGCCAGCGCUUUCUCUUUUUGUGAUUAUUAUUAUUAUUAUAAUUAUUAUUAUUAUUAUUAUCAUCAUCACCAUUAUCAGUAUUACUAUUAUUACUUGUGUAUUAUAUGUGUCUGACAGAGUUUCGAUUUUACAAGACUUUUGUUAUCAAUAUGCGUAAUGUUGUCUAUGGCCUUCGUUAGGGUGCAUUUAUAAUUCCAUGUAUUUAGCCACUUUGUGAGGGAGUGGCGUUGUUAACCCUCUUAAACUUUUAUGACCCUUCUUAAUUGAGUUAAUUCACCAAAUAAUGCUGGCUCUAAUAUCUAGUAUCUCAUAUCGCUAAUAUCAGAUAUCUAUCUCUAAUAUUUUAAGUUAAUGAUAGAGCAAGAUAUAUAGACAACCACUUUUUUUUUUUCCCAAAACUCCUGUUCAUGUUCGAUGGAAAAACUUUUGUACUUAAUCAUCAAGUGAAUUUACAAGCAUUGAAUACAAAAGAGCUUCUUCUGAGUUAUACUGAUUUACGUCAGGUUAUCACUGGUCAACAAAAACUCAUCUAGUUAUAAGAUUUUUAACCCCUUUAUGUUUCAACCUCAAAGUAAAUUAAAGAAACAUGUAACAUGUAUUACACUUUUUAACGAGUGGCCUUUAAAAUAACUGAAAAGCUAAGCUCAGCAGAAUCUUUGGCAAGACUUUCGCAAAAUACAUUUGCUUUUCACUUUUUUGACUCUGGGAAGGUAUACGCUAAACACACAAUUGCGACAAAUUAAGAAUAGUCCUUCAUGUAGAAGGUUAUCAUUUGCUCUUUAAAUAGGUGGAUACCCAAGCAUCAUUUUUUUUUGUUGUUUGCUUAUGUUAUGGAGGAAAGUAAAACGUUAAUGGGUACAAGCAGACUUAUCGGCGCCACUUUCCUAGACAUUUGACACGUUUUAAAUGGAUGCAAAGCAUUGACACAGUUGUGAUACUUGUUCAUUUGAGAAAAAGAAAAAAGUGUUUACAUCCGAUAACUAUUUUACAUAUUCAUUUUCAUAUGGUAUGUUAUCGUCCUCGAUGAGAUUUUGCAAAAAACGAGAACGAAAAAUGUUUAGACCUUUGGCCGCAAAAAAUUUAGUUGUGAUUGAAAAAAAAAAAGAAGCUGUAAUUAACUUCUUGUCACGAGAUGAGGGCAAAAAAAUCUCGACUUCUCUUUUCCUCCCUAAAAGGUUUGGAAAUUUGACUUGUGUCACAUAAACCCAAUGGCUCAUCUUAGCUAAUUAGGCACUGGCGCUCACGCCUAGGGAUGCCGUCAGGAGCCCAUUCCUGCGCAGGUUCAAACCGCGAGGUUCAUUACAUUGUUCUCGUUCCGUUACCAAACUUAAAAUUUCCUGUCUUUCUUUCGCUUUAUGUUUAACCCCUUAUAUUUAAACAUUUAGACGAAGUUCGCUAGUACAACUUUCAUAUGGUGCUUUUAGUUUGUCCGAUGUCCUAUAAUAAUAUCCGAUAUGUUUUUAUAUAGGUCGAAUAUUUGGCCCUUGAGGGAACAGAAGGACUAGUAUAGAACCUUCUCUUUGUUCUUCGUAACAGAUAGCUCCACAGCUUGAGUAAUGAAAACCCUUAAUUGUUGUUUUGUUUCCUUUGGUUUUUCUAAUUAAUUUCUGUAUUUUUACAAUGUUUUUGGAAACCAACUGUAACAACUUGAUAGCUGUUUCGGUUUUGCUGGGCUUUCAUCCGGUUUUAUUGACAGACGCUCCGUAUUAUCAAAAGCAAUGACUGACAACAGUACGAAGCAUGGUAAACUAAGGAAGCACAUUACAAUACAAGAGAUUAUAUUAGAUAAAGUAACUGCUUGAGUUUUAAAACGUGACGUGGAUGAGGGCGUUUUCCUCUUUAUUUAUGCUUAAGAAUAUGGUAGAAACAAAAUUCAGUAAAGAUUGCUUUUUUAUUCAGCAGUUCGAUGUUGUGAAUCCUAGCUAGCCCUUGUAAGGUGUUGACAGCCGUAUUUUAUUCAUUUAUCUAUUUUUACGUCGCUAUUUACGAUAUCGCAAUUCUGCAAAAACUACUGUUUUCCAGUUUACAAAAAUCGGUGGUUUGAGUACCGUAUGACACUGUGGUGAUGCCUUUUCCCUUGAACUCACAGUGGCAGUGAUCUUUUAUUUUCCUUCGGUGUUCCUACCAUUAACUCAACAAAACUGUUUUACGCGGAAGUCGAACUAGGGUUAAAAAGUCACAAAUGACUAAGUAUGAAGGAAGCUUGUAAAACUGUACGUCUAGUUUUAUUUUCCUUCAGUGUUCCUACCAUUAACUCAACAAAACGGUUUUACGUGGAAGUCGAACUAGGGUUAAAAAGUCACAAAUGAUUAAGUAUGAAGGAAGCUUGUAAAACUGUAGGUCUAGACUGGUCAAGACCAUAAAAGGUACUUUUCAAAGAACCUCAGAAGUACUUUCAAAGUUUUGCGCCAUUGCAUUGUACGAAGAGGAAACAGACUGAUGCCAAGACUCUCUCUUGUACUCUGAGGCGGUUGGAAAAACCUCAGCAGGUCAAUGGAAGUAUUGUUAUUCAUAAUGUUAUACAUAAUGAGCGCCUUAAUUUGUGCCUAAAACGCUUAUCGGGUGUGAUCCAUUUAAGACUGGCGGAUGUCAUCGGAGUCAGAGAUGUUACAAGGGAGCCUCCAGGCUCUCUUUGUAUCGACUAAAGAUCAUUUUUUAGGUGCGUUAUUAAAACUGCUCUGAUCUCUAAGUAACAUUUCAGUUCGUACGUCACGAAAAUCUAAUUUGACUUUCGGGGAUAUCUACAAAUCUUAAACAUUAAUCCGUAGCUAAUGUUCUUACUGAUUUGCUGUACAAACGGCCCGCCACUCCUGGAAUUUUUUUCUUUCUGUUAAGUUCGGCACGAAACGUGAUCAAGUCACGUGUACUCGGAAAACACUCUGGAAAUCAAGUUUUGAAAAGGAUGAGUGGAAUGAUGCGGAUGGGCUCGUUUUGGCCGAAGUCGAGUCACUAGAGGCUAAAAUUCACUCCAUACCCGUAACGUGAAGUAAGUUCGAUCACACUUUUUUCAUUCUACAUUUUUAAACCAUCACUCAGUACCACUGAAGGUAAAAAUCGGAUGUAAUAUUUUCUUGUUACAAUUUAUAAGCAAAAAUGCUAGUAAACUUCAACUGAGGAGAUUUCAUAAUUUAGUAUUUCAUUCGCAGACUCGUUAGAACCUCUUCGUUCAACGCAAAGGAAAGAGCUGCGGUCUUAGCUUUGCGCUGGGUUGAUUUGAAUAACCGUUGGCAGGAGCCCGGUUGACACACUACAUGUAUACACGUAGGAUAUGUCUCGACUAGAGAGCCAAAUAGUAAGGACGCUGUUAAACAAUUUCAAACAACCAUUCUGCUUAGCAGUUUUCUUUUAAAUGAUGAACCUACAUGUACUCUAGGGCUUUACCCGGAGACGGCAAACGUAAUUGUCUAGUGGAUUUAUUUCAGUCAUGGGUGAGGUAAACAAGGUCACGUAUUUGUGUUCAAUUCAAAUAAAUAGUUGCAAGUGUGUUUUGCGUGAAUAUUUUCAUAUAUUUUUUCCAUUAUGUUUUCCUUUAGUUAUCGUGGCUGUCUACGUUAAAUUAUUUCAGUUUCUGUCUAUUCAGAACUGACCAAAUACCAGUGAAAAAGGAAUUAUAUAGUGCGAUAUUCGCGUGCGUGCCUAAGCGUCUCAAAACAUCCUUCAUACAGGAAAUCGACAAGAGGCAUUUAAAAAUAACACGAACAAACUGAUAGACAAUACGGCAGCAUAUAUUAACUCAUGGUAAAUUUAGCUUCAGCUCUACCGCGUGUUUGUAGUUCCUUCAGCGCUGAAUUACAUGACACGUUGCAAAGGUUAAAAUUUGAGCAGAUUAAGAGUUUCCUGUUGUGCUGUUUCCUUGCGGCCCGGGUCUAAAAUCAAAUGCGAAAGAAGUCUAUAACCACCACCGUCUAAGCUUCAACUAAUAAAAUGGUCACCUUUAACCUCAAGUAUUUUAAAUUUUUUGAAAUAAAGCGAUGUCGUAAUUGGAAGGCCUACACGUCCCGGAAGAACAUCAAUAUUUAAUACUUGCAAAGCAACGCUGUAAUCGAGGAACAUUCGGGCUAUCUUUUUGCGGUUAUGAUUUUAAAUGAAAAAUGCAGCGCCACUUUUGUUUAGGCUGUCAUUUUUCUCAAAUUAUAGAGUCAAGAGUGAAAAAAAAAAUUGGUAUGAUGCAAUAAAACUUUAAACCACAGUACAAAGGAAUGCUGAUACAUCUACAACAAUUCAUUAUUUGACCUCAAACGUGAUGCUAUUAAGUCCUUCUAGGAGUGGUUUUAGCUUUGACGGUAUGAGGUGAAAAUCGUUAAUUCCUGUUGUUUCAAGUAUUUUUUUGUUUUCUUUUAUUUUUCACUCUUCUUACAAGAUAUGCGGUGAUAUACAAAGAAGAUUGAUACUUGCUGUUCUAUUGUCUUUUUAUACACUGAGCGACUGGUCACAGCUGCGCGCGUCAGGUUGCACCUUUUAAGGCCUUAUUUGUUGCAGUCAUUUGCUGAAAGAAAUGACAUCUGCCCGAAGUUCUCGAGUUGAAAGCACGUUUUACUUGUAAACCUGUUUAACGAAUACUCUGUAGCUAUUCAAGGAAAACGCAAGGCACAACACAGCACCUUGAGUCGGAUAAGUGAUUUAUCUCCGAAGGAUAGUAUAUCUCAUCACACGGUCGGGCCAAUAUCGAGCUCACCACGUUGCUGAAUAUCGCGGUAUUGUUGAUAAAUAAGUGCCUGAGAGGUUAAUAUCUGCUUAUUGUAUUUGUAGUAUUGUUGCACCGAAUCGAAACAGUAUUGUAUGUUUUUUUUUUGGCGUAAACAAAACUGAGUUACUUGGUGUUAACAUUAGAUGCCUCUGAUCCUGUUAUUACACAAUUUGAACAAAGUUUUUUGAGUUUGACUGGCUUUUCUGUUGAUGUGUAGACUUUGAACUUUUUUGCAAUGUUAUUCUAAAGUUUUAGGGUCGAUUGUAGUGUCAUGACACUCUUUGUUGAUGUUUGAAGUUUUCUUCUCUGUUUCAUUUGGCGCCGGUAAGAAGAUAUCAGACGAACUCUAAAAUACUGAUAAUGAGGGUUUUAAGUAGCUCUUGAAAAAUAUUGCUUAAGGAGUCAAACAUGUGGAGAUAUUGAAAGCUGCCAUUACUGAUAGAGGUAGUCGUGAGUUAAAUAGUUUUGUUUCCAAAAUACUUAAUCUUCACUGUGUUUUGCUCUGGAACUUGGUCAGUGUAGCCUCUGAAACGGGCUUUUUGCUGAGUUGAUUUAAUCGGAAUAUUCAGACUCCAUUGGCAGGAAACAGUCUUUCUAAGAUACUGAACAUUGAUAUGCCUCUCGCUAAUAAUUUUUAUCACCGCAAAAGCACGCUCAUUGAACCAAGUAUGUUCAGUUAUUAUUUUGUUAGUCUCACUGGAUACUUGUUUACAGUGACUCAGCAAUCAGUCGCUGAAUAGUCAUUUCGUUUUAAACGUUGCGUCUAAUCAUUUUCCCUUUUAUUUUUUCAGCUCAAGACGGGAGAAUCUUACAUAAGUUCAGGAAAUUCUACAGAAGACGAAAAGGAUUUGCCAAGAGAGAAGGGGAGUGAGGUCAUAACCUCACGCGAUAUGUCGAGUUAUUACUUGUCUUCGCACAUGCAUCAACGAGACGGUUCUAAGCCGCGAGGAAAGCCUGCGUUCGGCCACAAAUCUAAAUCUACUGGGGAUAAACGUGGUCGCGGGACAGGAAGACCCUCAGGUCGCCCGGGUGUUCGUGAUCGCGAUCACUAUUCUGAUCGUAACUCUGAGUUAGAUUUAAAUCCCCAACGUAAAAGUUCACAUAAUUAUCAGAGACAUGGAAACGAUGUUUCGCGCCAUUCGGGGCGAUAUGGAUCCCCUGUACGUCGUCUCGGAGAAGAUUCCGAGGCCAGAAAAUUAUCUCCGACCAGGGAGUCCAAAAAAUAUCCGCAAGUGGACGAAAGUAAAGGAUCUAAAGUUGUUUCACACAGACGGGACGCGCCACGGGAAAAACAAAGACUAACUCAGGAUUUAGCGCGUCAAAAGAGACUUCUCAGUGAAGAUAUUGCUCGUGCAGAACUUCUUCAACGCGAGCAACUAAGCAAGAAAUACUCUGACAUGUUUGAGAACAGGAAAGAAAAUGUUGAUGCCGAUAGAGUAGCCGAUAUGGAUGAUGAGGAUGUGUGCAAGGAAAACGUAAACGUGGAAUUGUGUAAUGAGGGGGACAGAGAGCGAAGUCCUUCCAUGUACGAGCGUUGUUAUGGAGAGUAUUCGCCCGAGUACAAUAAUGAACAUGGACAAAAGCUCCCAGCACAGAAGGAUGGCAGUGAUACGGUUUGUAAGCUUCCAGUGGAGCGAGAAUCUCUUUUUGAUCGUUUCUUACGCAAGGAAUCAGUGCAGGAAAUGACAGAUAUUGAGUUUAUCAACGAAAGCAAAGUGGAGGUGAAGGGAAUGCGGUACACAAACAGGUUUUCUUCGGAUGAAGUUAAGUAUGGUGCAGAUAGCGUGACUAACUCCGAUGUUAGACCUGAACUGGAACCGCUAAAGUUCGAGAAUGUUACGGACGAUGAGCUUACAUUUAGCGAUGGUGAGAAAGAUUCCACGAAGGAACUGAAGACAAAUGAUGGAAGCCCAGUUAUGAAUAAAGCCUUAAGCCCGGUCGAAAAUGGUGUUGAUUCGGCGAGUGAAUCCAUCUGCAACGGUUUGGAGGAAACAUGCGAGCCAGCGGAGUCCUUAGUAAAAAAUGACCUUUUCUCUGCAGAAGAAUUAAUUACAAAUCUGGGAUACGAAUCUUGUGAGUGUGUAAGUGAGGAUGGAAAUCCAAACUGCGAUGACAAAGCGAGUGAAAGCAAUGAAAGGUGUACGGAGCAAUUUGCGGAAACAGAUCACAGCAGUAUCAAAAGUUCGAAAAUCGCGCGGCUCUUGGAAGAGCCCGACAUGCAAUGUGAGCACUCCAGUAAGAACAGAAAUGACUGUGUGUUGCAGGAUACUGAAGUGUCCGCUUUUGAAAUUAACGUUAAAAAAACCGACAGUGUGUGUCCAACAGAAACCACCGAAAAAAGGCUUGAAAAAGAAAGUAAAAACAAGCAGGCAGCAGACGGUGCUGCAGUGGAGAAAGCUGAUGUAAGAGAAAUUCAAGGAUCCAAACUUAAGGAAAAAGAAGCUCCCAAGAGCAACUCCUGUAGUAUGCAGCAUAACUCCCUUGAGAAUGUCACCAACGAAUCGGAACUUUCCAACAUUGAGGGAAUGUCGGAUGCUGGGGAACUAAGCGAAACCGAAGUUGGAACGGUGGUAACUCGGGAGAAAGUUAAGAAAAAGAAACGGAGAAAGCAGAAAAGUAGUAAGACCAUUCCUCAGUCGAAUUUGACCAAUCCUCGGCGAAAGUCUAAAGGAAACAAAGUUCGUUCACCAGUAAAAGACGCCAAGACAACUAAACGAAUCAAGCAGCUCGAUUCAGAAAGCGAUGAGGAUGUUUCGCGGAACAAGAGUAAAGAGACAACAGAAGGAAAUGCGCGUUCAAAAGUUGUCGGUAACUGCCUCACAACGGGACCUAAUAAUUUAAAGAAUUUAAUGGAGUCAAGCCCUCCACCCUCUACGUGUGAUAAUGACAGCAGAAUUAACGAGUUUAACGGUCAUGCUGAAAAGGAUGAUGAAACUAGCUUGUUAUCACCCAACGAAGACGGUUAUUGCUUAAACAAUACUGUCGAAGAAGUUGUUGCCAUGGGAACUGUUGGUUCAGAUCAUUGUGAUAGCAGUCAGGAGACAAACGCUCUCUCGCCAGUCGAGGACGACGGGAAAAAAGAGCCUGGCAGGAAGGAGAAAAGGAUCGGGAAAACCAAACGAAAGAGCGAAGAAAAGGAAAAAGAGAAGGAUAGAUCCACUCCACCUCAUCUUAUCAGUCAGAACCGUUACGCUCGGGAUCUUCCUCGACAUAACUGGCUUGUGGAGCGCCUGCUACAGCAGAAUAAACUUUGCGCGGAGGACACGAUACAACACACACGUGACACUAGCGACGACCAAGACAAGGACGAGAACCAGUUUGGUGAUGAGCCAAAGCUACCUAACGCUAGUGACAAAGAAAACCCGAUAGAGAAGUUAAUGAGCUCGCCCGUUGAACCUGUUACUGAAACAACUGAAGUCACUGGUUCAUUUUCGCCCAAACAACAUAGCGAUGAGGAAAAUCCAGGGAGUCCGUCAAAGGAGAGUAUCCAAAAUGAACUUCAUGGUGGUUUAUUGCGAAAAAGUUUUCCUCCGAAUGUGCCCCGAACAUUGCCUCGAUUAAAGCCUUCUCUUGCUGCCGACUCAAGCGUUGGAAGUGUCAGUAAACCUCCUCCCCCGCCGUUAAAACACAGUUUAUCGUCCAAUGAAUCUUGUGGGCUGGAACCUCUACCCAAACUAAGAAAGAUCGUGGAUGAGAACGAACUUGAAAACGAACCUCAGGAGAAAAAGGACUUGAAUUUAGAGAAACAGAAAAAUGACGAGUCAGGAUCAAAUGAAGUAGACCAACGGCGUAAAAUUAUGAGUCCUAUUGAGAUUCUCGACGAUGAAGACGAGAAAAAGAGACGGGAAGAGGAGGAAACAGCCAACGGUGUCAAGGCCUCGACAGCAAACGAGGAACUAAACUCCAGUUUUAAUGAAACGAGCCACAAGGACGGAGAAAAAUCGCCUGCAAAGUCUUCCAGCUCGUCACCACCUGGUAGGCACAAUUCUUUCACUUCUCCCAAGAAACCUUUUGGUAGUGUAAAUCCCACAAUUCCUGGCAAUAUCAGGGAAAAAUUUAGCCGAUCGAUGCACAUUCCACCUCACCGCGCCGCCAUAUUGAUUCCUGUCGUCUCGUCGAUGCACGAUGGUGGUAUACCGAUAACGCCAGGUCUCGGUCCUGCAUCCCCGCACGUGAAGGGUUAUUCUCCAAGGACCUUCACUCCACAUUUACUCACUCAUGGUGCACCAGUCCCUCGACCCAGCAUGUUUGGAAGUCACCUGUCCCAAGGAGGGCGGUAUUCUGCUGCCAACUGUGGACACCAUAUGCACGGUAACAUGAACUCUGGAAUACCUUGCAAACGGGACGUUAACUGUCCUUUCCAUGGAAACAAUCCGAGAGGCAUCCCACCUGGAAUUCUAGAUAUCCCUGGUCAUCAUGGUCCUGUGCACAGCUUUGGACAUCACAACAACCAUGACCAUUUGUCCGCGGUUAUGUCGCGCGAGAGACGCGAGUUUGACAAAGGAUCUAGCCAGUCUCCCCCUGGUAGAGAUCCUCUUGGAGAGAAGCAUACCCUCCAAACGCCUAAAGUGGUUAAACCUAUUGCGCAUGUGCCUGGAAAACGACCUCCAUUGAUGCUAUCACACCUUCAGCAAAUUGGCAAGCAUUCACCAGCGUCCUUAAAAGAACUUGAAGCUUUACACGACGAAAAAGCGAGGCGCUAUGAAGCUGAUAUCUUGCUUUCACCUCGUCAACUGCAGAAGUCCCCAGAUAGAUCCCCCAGGGAACAGGUUGUACCUAACCUUUCUCCACUGCAUGAACGUAGGCCUCACCAUCAGCAGUUCACGUUGUCAGAGCUCAACCGAAGAAGAGAAGAAGAAAUGCUAAAGGGGAAACCCGAUGAGGGAUUGAAGCCCAAGCCACUCCCAGGGGAGUUUGUACCUCCUGGCCUUCCUUCAUCCGCUCGUGGACCUGCUAAGCUUACUCCGCCGCAUUCCACAGAACCAAGCUUGCUUUCUCCUGGACGCGGCCACAGGUCAGGAUCAAUGUCUCCUGUGGAUAAGCGCGACCAGAUACUUUCACUCAGGCGUUUGGUUGAGGACAGGGAGCCUGGGGCCAUCAUGAAUGACUUCCUCAAACCCGGGCCACCACGUCUGCGACCAGUAGAAGAAGCAGACUUGAGAUUGUCAUCUGAAAGACAGAGACGGGAAGAAAUUUUUCUGAAUCGAAGGUAUAGCUCACCAUUUUUAAGAGUUCCGUCAACAAAGGAAUCAUCGAUAUACGCUGGAAAGAUAUCGGAGGGCGUUGAAAUUGUCAGCCCUCGUGGAAUAGAGCCCUCAACGGCUCGAGAACGAGAUUUGGAGGCAUCCCACUUGAAACCGUCACAUUCCAGUAUUAUGAACACAGGUAUCAGAUUCAUUGAAGAUAAAAGGAUGCAAGUUGAAAAAACGAGAGAAACUGUUAGCAGAGAUGAGAAACGCGGUAGAGAACAAGUCAGCCCGGAAAUGGAACGUAGGCUUCGCCUUGAGCAGUUGGAGGAACAAAAGACUAGAAGCCGGAGUUCGGAUCUUCUUCAGAUCAAAGACAAAGAUCCAAGAUUAGAACUGAGAGACAAGGACAGCGCCAGGAUAGCCGCGUCUGAAAGAGACCGCGCGGAUGACCUGUUGCUUCUCCGUGGUGGUGAAGAGAGCAGUAGACCUAGGAUGCCGUCUGAGGUUUCGCCCUCUUUGCGUCAUAAGUUGUAUCCAGAAAGAGCCUUCCUCCCUACUGGGUUUCCUGGUCGAUUGGAUCCCCGAAUUGACCCUCGGAUGGUUGCUUUACACGAGUUGGAAAUGCACCGACGCGGAGAAGUGAUUCGAGCCUCGGAGCCUUCGCAUCGAGAAUUACUAAGUCGGAUGGCAUCAUCCUUGCCUAUUAGUAAAGGCGGCUCGCCGAUCGGCAAAUCGAUCUUUGUUAGGCCAGAUGGUUCGUUGGAAAGACGAGGUCCUGACUCCUCUCGUUUACCCUCAGAAGUUCAUGCAUACUCUCCACCAACUUCACUUUCCUCUCGAGAGUUUGGCCCGAUGAUGAAUUCACGACAAGCCAUGGAAAGGCUGGCUGCGGCAGCUGGGAAACCCGGGUCCCUAUUUAGAGAACAGGUUAGAUUUAGUAUUAUCUCGUCAGUAAAUCUGUCACUGCCGAGUUUACUCUAGAACUCUGCUAUAAAAACGAUGAGUUUUUGCGAACUGUUGCUCAGUUAUCCUGUUCCUCAUUGUACAUUUUCAAUACUCUUGCAACCAGCAAGCACUCAAAAUAUAUGUAGUUGUGUAAAAAUUGCAGAGAACGUACUGCAUAAAGAUACUGUUUUCAUUCGAGUGUCGAACUUAUGAUAUGACAUAAGAUGAAAAACUCCCUUCCUUUGUAAUGCAUACACUUAGUCUUAUGAAAUGUAGUCAUCUGGCUCUGACUUCCUUUAAACAAUCCCAGCUGUUUAACCUAAUCCAUGAAAGGUAAAGGCAAACCAAUAUAAUGCUUUGCCGCACAUGUUACCGGUUUACCUUUUAUUGAGGAAGGUUUCGAUUACCUGCUUUUAUUGUAAAUUAUUACUAACGUAUUCAAUUAAUAGCCGUUCUCUUUACAAUUCGAAUUUUGCAGGACCUUGAACGCGAUAGAGAAAGAGAGAGGCAACGGCUGAGUUUAGAGCAGAUAGAGGCCAAUAGAAGACUGUUGCAUGCGGAACUCAAAGACAAAGUGAAUCCACUUGUAUUUAGCAAAGAACAUCAGCUGAGAAUGGAGCAGAAGCGAGAGCAUAUAGACGCAAUGAGGGCGAGAGAAAAGCGACUCGCUGACCGCGAAAGGUUCAUGUUAAUGGAAAGGAUAGCAGAGGAAAGAAAACGAAGGUUCAGUGAAUUGGACUCUCAUGGUGGAAUUUUAAUCCGUCACUCUUCGCCCCCACGUUUUGGUCCUUUAGCAGAUCGAGAAGAGUAUGAGAGAGUAAAGAGACUUAAGCUCAGUGAAGUGUCGGUUUCAUCACCCGGAUUAGCGCAGCACUCUAAACAUUCGAGUACGAACCUUCUGCACUCCGAAAGAAAGGAAUCAAAGAACCACCACAUUUUAACCUCCUCCCAAGGAAGAGAGAAAUCGAGCGAAACCCCUGAUGCAAGAAUUAACCGCCAGCGGGAAAAUGAACUUGUUAAACAGUCAACAAAUAGCACCUUGUAUGAUCGAGAUACGAUCUGGCAUCGAAAUCGCGGGCAAGGCGGUCGGGCGCAGGAAAGCAUGGAGCAGAAAAGAAAAAGUCUUCAUUCUGAAGCUUCACUUCACGGGUUCAUGCCCCUUAAGGGGGGACCCCUGAUGUCCAAGCGAGAAGACGGGAAAGGCCCCGCCGGUAAGCACGAUGAUGAUGACGUCAACCGUUGCUCGGUGUGCAAACGUGAUGCGUCGUUUCUGUGUUCUGGUUGUCAGGCAGCGUGGUAUUGCAGCUCCGAUUGUCAGGUAGAUAAAUAACCACCUACUCUUUUUUCUGUAUGGUACAAUAGAAGUGCAAUUUUUGAACCUCCUAAGGAUAGGAAAUGUUGGUAGUUUGAAAAUUAGAGAGUUUGAUUGGGAAAGGAGAGUAAAUGUUGGUUUGAAUUAUCGGAGUUUUCAAAAACCGGCAGUUCGAGAAAAAGGGAUUCUACUGUACUACGUUAGUGUUACACCUCGUAGUUGUGUACCACAUUCGAGUUCAUCCCCAUAGUGAUUAUAAACAAUUUUCUCCUUAUAAAAUCGAUACUAUGUCAACCAAAGAAUUUUAGAAAUGAUCAUGUAAGUCCAUUCUCUUUAAUUACUUAUGAUCAGUAAAAUUCUGCUGGUACUCCGUUGCAAAUGUUAUAUUCUGAUUUGCUGACUUGCCAUCAGCUCCGAGAUUGGAACAGGUGGUUAAUAUCAGUGUACGCCAAUAAGUGGUUUAUAAAAAUCAACAGACCGUGCUCCAAUAUUUGCAAUAGGAUAUACUAGCAGGUUUUAACUAAGGUAAUUACAAGGGUUGCUCGCUGCUGGUAUCGGCUUAAAUGAUUGUUUCAGGUCUUCGCCCCGUGUCAACGCCUGCUUUACAGCGAAUUUGGUCUUUGAGCAACGUUUGGUGUACUCUUUUGCCUACGAGCUAAGCGCUCGAAAGAGAUAGGGGUUACUAAAAGGAACAGAAAGUUAAGGGAGGGGAGAGGAGAGGGAGGUAGAGGAGUCCCCCCUUCUUCCUUGCGUGCCCUUCGUGUCUUUUUCCCUUCGCCGAUUUUCCUCUUCCACUUUCCCUUUGGACCUCCUGCCACAAAGGCUGUGUAACAUUUGAAGAAAACUGUUAGCCACUGGAAGCAGUUUCCUACCUUCUAUGUUAAAUUGGUUGACCAACCGAUACAUUAUUGACAGAAAUCUAUGAAAGACUGCAAGCUUAAAGGAAGCGAUUUUGCUCAAGGCUGGUGCCGCUCAAUAGAUUGCUCAUAAUUGGUUAUUGUAGUAUUUUAUGAAAAGAGCAAACCAACUCUCUGAAAAAAAGGUGUUUCAUGCGGAUAUUCCAUUUUUUUUUUUUUCAAUUCUAACAGCAAAUUAUUUACUUCUCAUUUUGCAGUUGUCAGCUUGGGGAACACACAACAGAGAGUGCAGUCAGAAUAAGCGUCAAUAGUCACCUCUUAGCGCGAUAUGAAACUUCAAAUGAAAACAGACAAAAAUGCUGAUUUCAUUCAUUCUAGACCCCAGUGCCUUCAGUGUGCUGCAUGCAAAGGAAAGGUCAGGCAUGCGGAAACGUUAAGAGCUCUGGUUUAAUUCAAGAAGUGAUUUUUCAUCUUCUCAUACAAAUAGAGUAUAUAAUAGUUUUGCUUGAAACAUUUCAUCUGAAUGUUCACUCAUUUAAUUUCAUCCACGCCUCAGAAACCAGCAAUUUACCCAAGUUAAAGGGGCAGUCUUGAGGAAAGUAUUAAAAUUCGAUUCUUGUAGCAUAAUUUUGACCAAAAUUCGGAAUAACAGUUUAAUAUUCUCACGUCUCCAACUGGAUGCAUCAAUUUGACGUUUUCUCAUGAGUUUUUUGUAAAAAAAUAUAAUAAAAUAGAUACAUAAAUACAUAAAUAGAAGCAAUGAGACGUAACAAGUCAGUACCAGUUUCGUGGAAGACACUGGAAAAGAUUUUUCUAGGUUUAAUUUAUCCAUAACUGAAAACAUGUUUUUCUCUGCCCUAGAAUAAUCGCCGGUUUGAAAUAAAAUUUGGACUUUGGAGGGUUGCCAAAAUAUAAAGUAGACGACAAUUUCCUUUUAUUAUGCGACUGGAUGUAAACUGUUUAGACAAAAAUUUAUUCAUUGAUGAUUAAUUUUCCCUUUAAUUCACAUCUAGAAAAAGAUUGUAAUGGUAUGGCGCUGAAUUAUUCCACAGGCAAAUGUACUUUUGGUUAUAGUGACGGUAAUGGAAAGCCGAACUGAAAUAGGCCAGAAUUUUACAUAGGUUAAAUUGUUCGGAGGCUUUCGGUUAUAUAGUUCUUCUUCUGUUAUAAUUUGUGUCUUUAUCAGUGUAAAAUUUGCAACAGCCAGUAACAAAUAAUUGCCAUGGGAUGUCGAGGUUCUUCCCUAAAAAUGUCGUGAGGAAGAUUCGAGGUCGCGCCUAGCUCGGGCGCAAACAAUGCAUAUCCCGUAUCCCAUAGGAUGUACGCGUAUGAUGGAGUACAAAGCGAUCCAGGGAGAUAAUCUAUGUUUUGUGUUUUGUUAUUCGCUAUUAGUUCACAUUAAUGUAUACACAAGUGAUCGAAUCAUUUCCUUUUCACUCGUCAGGAUUGUAUAGUUAUUAUGAUAGUGAAAGUUAAAAGUUUUGUUCGGCGGAACAACGGAAGGAAGCAAGGCUGGUUUUACAUGUGGGAAUAUAAUUAUUGCUGAUAUUUCGAAAGGCACGAUAUUUCACUUGUAAAUGAUUGAUAUCAGCCCUGCUUCUUUCCGUUGUUCAUACAUUUAUAGCUGAUUAGAUCCCCUAUAGGGAUCCGGUUCUUCUAUUUUGAAAUGCUGGUCCUUAUUUCCAAGUAGGAAGAAUGUUAUCGUCUACACUGAAUGAUUUACAGACGCAAAAAUCUUCUAAGGAGAAGAAUGCCAUAGUUUUUUUUUUUUUAUAGAAAAGGGAUUUUUAAAAAGAAUCAAUUCUGAAACACUCUUUAGAAGCAUUGUUAUGGUGCCCCUCCAGAUAUCGUCACGUUCUUACGCGCAUCUCUCGAGAUAUCUAGGCCCGCGCGAGAGUCCCGCGUGAGUGUAGCGUUCUUUAAACCUCGACCUAAAUCCAAGCAAGAUUAGUAAAAUGACUAUGGCAUCACAAUAGUAAAUCGAGGACAUUUUUAGAUUCAUGCAAAUUAAAUUAUUAAAGAAACUUCAUAUCUUUAAUUUAUCUCAGACAUGGUCUAUUUAUGUAAAUUUUAAAUUAUGUUGGAUUUAGAUAUGUAAAGUUUUCAGGAAAAAAAAUUGUAUUUAUUUCUGGAUACGAAUUUCUUCUUGGCGGUUGUAAUGUAUAAGAAUAACAUAUCGACGUCAUUUUCAAUAAAUUCUUUCCCAUU